CUACAUUGUUGAAGGCUAGACGUGUGUUAAACCAAAGUCCUCUCUCUGGUUAAACUCACAAGAAUCCUAGCUUUCGAGACCUGUGCCACUGUUAUUUAGUUUCUUUUCAUCAUUUCAAAGUUUUAAUCAUGAUGCAAUUCAUACUCGGCUUCACUCUGGGGAAUGUGGUUGGCAUGUAUCUGGCACAGAAUUACGAGGUUCCCAAUAUUUCAAAGAAAAUCGAUGCCAUUAAGAAGGACGUGGAGGCCAAGAAGAAACCCCCAGAAUGAGGGACAGGAGACCAGCCCUGUGGGGAAAUAUGGAUAGUUGUAAUUAACUAAAGAUGGACAUUAAAGAACAAGAAUAUGUAAUCUAAUAUGUGUUAAAAUAUGGAAAUUAGCCCUCAAGGUGCACAGUAUAUUCCUUGUGUCAAAUAGUGCUUCAAAAUCUAAUUGUUUUGAAAGUUGACAUGUUAUGCAUUUUGCAUUGUACUCUCUCUCUCUCUUUCAUUCUAACUCAGGGUAAAUUUGUUUACACCUGAUUUAUUUGCUGUUAGAUUUGGGAUAUAUAAUG